AGUAAUUUUCCUCCAAUUAAAAAUAAAAUAAAAAUUUUUAAAAAUCAUCAGCAUCAAGACAGGCUGUAGCUCAUCCUGCCAUGAGACACAAGGUCGGAUGACAUCCUGGUGUUAUCAGGUGGCAGCAUGUCCUGGGUCAUGACUGUGCUUGUGUGGAAUUACUGGGCUAAUCUAAUAGCUUGAAAUGAAUUAGUAUUGCCCUUCUCUUUGCUGAUGUUGUCUGCGUUGACUGGGGUAUAGUUAUAUUACCAAUGUCUUUAUUAUAUUUGUUCAAUACUGAUUUGACUGCAGCUAAGAAACUGACAGGGUGACAAAUAUGUUAUUUUCAUGAGAAGGAAAUAAUACUAAAUGAGAUGUAGUGGUGAUAGCCACCUGAUACUCUGAAGACAGAGAAAAAGCUGAAAAUCAGAGUGAAAGAUACAGAUUCAUGAAGACAGCAUAUUCUUCAGCCCUACUUGUGAACUUUGUUUCAAAGUGGACUUCUUACUUCAGAAAUACCACAGGUUUCACUACAUUCAAUUUCUUGGUGCCAACUUGAGGAUGUCUUACGCCUUAGGAGCGGAAUUCAACCUCACUACUUUACUAAAAAGCUUCCUCUUUAAAGACUACCGUGGUGCAGUGCUAAAGGCACCAUCCUUGUUUACUCUGCCCUCUCUGGGCUCUCAAGGAGUUGUAAUCUUGCCUUCCAGAAAUUCUUCCUCUGACUUCCUUGACUUGGCACUAGCUCCAUUUAUCACUUACCCUCUGACAGCUCUCUCUCUCCUUUUCAGCUUCCCCUCCCUUUUUGCCUCCCAAUCCCUCUCUCCUUAUUUCCACCCCUCUUCCUUCUCUUCCUGCUUCACUUCUCUUCUAUAACAUGGGGGAAAAGAACAAAACAGAAAACUUAGAACUGUAUGGCUGGAAAUAUGGCUAUUUUCUUUCAACAACUUUCUUCUCUAGCUGUCCUGAUAUGCUUCCUGAUCUUUUAAUCUUUAUUUCAUUGUCCUUUUUCCCUUACAAACAUACACACAUACAUAUAUACAAACAAUUUUCAGCAACAUGCAGUAUUUGCAGUUGUAAGGUUUACCCCCACAUUGUUGUAGGCUAUUUAUUCUGAAGGUAGUAAAUUUUAACUUUCAGAUCCCUUGCUUCCACAAGCCCAUAACAAGGUUUUGGAAGAGUCUUGAGCCAUAUGUUUCACAAGCCACAUGUUUCACCAAUUUUUUAUAAAAUUUGCUAAAGUAAGUUGCACUUCUAGAAUAGCAGUGUGAGAAGUUCUGUGGACACUUACUCCAGUAGAAAUAGGGAUAACUAAUGAGAAAAACAUGCAUUUCAAAUCAUUAGAAAUUGUUCAGAGAUAUAUAUGUCAAGCAAUGAACAUUUAUUCAUGAAAUUCUUUAUUCAUAGUAAGAAUUAGUGAAUGAAUAAAUAUCAAAUCUCUCAUACAUAGUAAGUACAACAAAUCUCUCUGAAUCCUAUUCUGCUUUACAUUUAAUGUCUAGUAUAAAUUUUUAAUUGAGAAUCCAAAAUGAAAGAUUUCCAUGUAAACUAAAUAGAAGAGUUUGUUCAUGAGGGUAGCUGAAUGCUGGCUAAUAAGUCACUGUCAUAUCAAUAUGUUUAAUGAACUACUCUGAUUGUACUUCUGUAACUUUCUAAAAGGAGGCAAAUCUUUCCCUCAUCUCUCUCACUGUUGACAUACAACUUUUGGCCAUGUUGGGGGAUUCUAUGAUUCCUCCUUCUGAAUGCAAAAUAACCUGAUGAAAGCUCUUGAUCUGUUUAGACUGGAAAUUUUAAUCCGUUCCAUCUCUUCCCUUGCAGACAAGGAGACAUGGCCUCAGAGAUCCACAUGCCAGGCCCAGAGUGCCUCAUCGAGAACACUAAUGGGCGACUGCUGGUUAAUCCGAAAGCCCUGAAGAUCCUGUCUGCCAUCAGGCAGCCCGUUGUGGUGGUGGCUAUCGUGGGCCUCUACCGAACGGGCAAGUCCUACCUGAUGAACAAGCUGGCCGGGAAGAAAAAGGGCUUCUCUCUGGGCUCCACCGUGCAGGCACACACGAAGGGCAUCUGGAUGUGGUGUGUACCUCAUCCCAAGAGGCCGAACCGCGCUCUAGUUCUGCUUGAUACGGAGGGCCUGGGGGAUGUGGAGAAGGGUGACAACCAGAAUGACUCCUGGAUCUUUGCCCUAGCAAUACUCUUGAGCAGCACUUUUGUGUACAAUAGUAUGGGAACUAUCAACCAGCAGGCCAUGGACCAACUGCACUAUGUAACAGAAUUGACAGAUAAAAUCAGGGCAAGAUCCUCACCUGAUGUGGAUGGGGUUGAGGAUUCAGCUGACUUUGUGAGCUUCUUUCCAGACUUCGUAUGGACACUGAGGGAUUUCUCCCUCGACUUGGAAACAGAUGGAAAGUCCAUCACAGCAGAUGAGUACCUGGAGAAUUCACUCAAGCUUAAGAAAGGUACCAGCCCGAAAGAUAAAACUUUUAAUCUGCCUCGACUCUGUAUCCGAAAGUUCUUCCCAAAGAAGAAAUGCUUCAUCUUUGAUCAGCCCACUCACAGGAAGAAACUGAACCAGCUUGAGGAACUGUGUGACGAUGAGCUGGACCCCGAAUUUGUGCAACAAGCUGCGGUCUUCUGUUCCUACAUCUUUAGCAAUUCCAAAACUAAAACUCUCUCAGGAUGCAUCAAGGUGGAUGGACCUCGUCUAGAGACCCUGGUGCAGACCUAUGUCAAUGCCAUCAACAGUGGAGAUCUGCCCUGCAUGGAGAAUGCAGUCCUGGCCUUGGCUGAGAUUGAGAACUCUGCCGCGGUGAAAAAGGCCAUUGCCCACUAUGACCAGCAGAUGGGCCAGAAGCUGCAGCUUCCCACGGAAACCCUCCAGGAGCUGCUGGACCUGCACAGGGCUACUGAGAAAGAGGCCAUUGAAGUCUUCAUGAAGAGUUCCUUCAAAGACAUAGACCAAUUGUUUCAAAAAGAUUUAGCGGCCCAGCUAGACAAAAAGCGAGAUGACUUUUGUAAUCAGAAUCUUAAAGUAUCAUCAGAUCGUUGCUCUGCUUUACUGAAGGAUAUUUUCAGUCCUCUAGAAGAAGAUGUGAAACAAGGGAUUUAUUCAAAAUCAGGGGGCUAUCGCUUCUUCAUUGAGAAGAUGCAAGAGCUGAAGAAGAAGUAUCUUCAGGAGCCCAGGAAGGGCAUACAGGCUGAGGAGAUUCUUCAGGAAUACUUGAAGUCCAAGGAGUCUGUGACUGAUGCAAUUCUACAGACAGACCAGACACUUUCAGAGAAGGAAAAGUUGAUUGAAGUGGAACGUGUGAAAGCUGAAUCUGCACAGGCUGCAGCAAAAAUGCUGGAGGAAAUGCAAAUAAAGAACCAGCAGAUGAUGGAACAGAAAGAAAAGAGCUAUCAGGAACAUGUGAAACAACUGACUGAGAAGAUGGAGAGGGAUAGGGCCCAGUUACUGGAAGAGCAAGAAAGAACUCUUGUUCUCAAACUGCAGGAACAGUCCCGACUACUACAGGAAGGAUUCCAAGAGGAGAACAAACGACUUCAAAACGAAAUACAGAAUCUCCAGAAGAAGAUGGAAAAGCCAAGGCACCCAUGUGUCCUAAGCUAAAGAAUUAAAGAAUAGAGCUUUCCUGGUAACUCUUAUCAAAGGCAUUACUCAAGAAGUUUAAAACUAAGAAAAGUGUCACCGUAUUUGAUAAUAUUUAGGUUUUGCAUUUUUAUUUUAUUUGGUUUUGCAUUUUUAUUACACUAAAAUUCGCAAGGACAUGCAGCACUUUAAUUGAAAUCAUGUGCAUCUUCCUCACAAUAUUGUCAACUGUGUACCAAGAUGCAAUUUACCUCUGUGACAGCACAGGAGGCAUCACAAACCACCACCACCAGGAGCUGCUUCUCCCAGACGACCACUAGUUAGACAAGUGGGCACUGAGCAAAGCCUGAGGCCGAAGUCUUGGGGCAUAGUCAGUCAUGACUUUGACCAAAUACACAAGAGGUUCCAAUAUCAGGGAAAACCAUUCUAGUUUCUUAGUGAAGACAGUGUAUGGUGUCCCACUGUUUCCAGACUGCACAGUCUGUCAGCAGUGACGUGAUUCCUGGGCCUGGGAAUGGGCAAUGCUUAGUGGUGAAUUUCAAGCUAAAGUAAAUCACCUUCUAUUGUGAUCUAGAAUCUCUACAGAGUUUUCACAGGAAGAUAGAAGAAGCCUUUAGUAUGAUCAUAACUUGGAUCAUAAAUAAAUGGGCUAGAAAAAGAAACUUUUCCUUCUUGCUCAAUUCACUCAGGUUACAAUUUAAUGGGACUCUUUAGAACUUUAGGUGACACUAAACAUAGUAACAGGAUGACAACUAUAUAUUGUGUGUUUGUAGCAAUUUAUAACUUGCAAAGAUGAACUUAAAAUGAUGACAGACAAUGUGUUAGAAAACUGAGCUAAAUUGACUAUUAGAUGAUUGUUUAUAACCUUAAACUUUAGGCUAUCUUUUCCCAAUUCUUAAGAGUCAUACUUGAAAUCCUGCUUAUUUUUCCCCAAGAGAAUAUGGGUUGUUUUUUACUUCUUUUGACCAGUAAAAUAAUGCUCUUGGUAUUACUUAGGACUUUAUCACAAUUGUCAAAACUCCUAAGUAUGUGGUUGAAGUUUCUUAGAGUGAUGAAGAAUUAUUUCCAAUCUGGAAAUAAAUUAUACUUCACUGAACUUUACAUUUCUGAUUUUUAAAAUUAUUUCACCAAGAAAAUAAUGUUUUACUUUAUAUAGCCAUAAAUUGGCUAACUUUAUUGUAAAAGACGGGAUAGUAACUAUUCAUGACUUUGUGAGCCAUGUGGUCUCUGACUCAACUGCUCAACUCUGCCAUAAAGCAGCCAUCAAUGAUACAGAAAUGGAUGGCAUGGCUAUGUUUCAAGAAAAUACUGUUUUCAAAAACAGCUGGUACCCAUGAGCCAUAGUUUGCAGACCCUUGCUUUAUGUAAUAGAAAUACUAGUCAAAAUUCUAUAUACCUGCCUUAUGUUUCUUGAAUUUGUAAGGAGCAUAUGAAUUAGACUGCAUAUGUGAGCAUUGUGAAAAGAUCACGCAGGGCUUCAAAAUAUUACAUGAUAAGAGAAAAGCAGGGAUGCAGCUAAUGCCACUGGAUCUACAUUAAUAAACCUGCUUGUUCUGGUUGUUUUGAGA